AUGAGUCAGAAUCAGAAUAAGAAAAAAAAGGAAACUGAUAUUACAUGGAAUCACUGUGAAAGUGUUCCUCCCCAUAGACUUAUGGUUAAAUGCAAAUACUGUUCACAUCAAUGUUGGGGUAGGGUAGCUAGGAUGAAACAUCAUUUGGCUGGAACUAGAGAGAAUGUGAGUCCUUGUACAAGUGUUCCUGAUGAAGUGAAAAAGUUGUUUGUUAAAAUGUUAGAAAAUAGAGAAAAAAGUAAAGAUGCCAGUAGUGUUGAAAUAUUUGAAGAGGCAACUACUCAAGAUGCUAAGGGAAAGGAAGGGACAUCAAAAACUACCAAACAGAAAACAAUGAAUGAGAUGGUUAAAGAUAGAGAGUUAGUAAUUCAAGAUAUUUGUAAAUGCAUCUAUGGUAAUGCUUUAUCAUUUAAUUUGGUGAGAAGUCCACUAUUCAGUCAAAUGUUAAAAUCUGUUGGUGAAUAUGGUAGGGGUUUGAAACCUCCAAGUUAUCAUGAGGUGAGAGUUUCUCACUUGAAAAAAGCAAUUGAUAAAAUUCAAGAAAGUUUAGCAAAGUAUAAGAAGGAAUGGGAGAAAUGGGGCUGUACCUUGAUGUGUGAUGGUUGGACUGAUGGUAAAGGAAGGUCUCUUACUAAUUUUUUAGUUAACAGUCCUAGUGGAACAGUUUUUCUAAAGUCAGUGGAUACAAGUAGUGUGAUUAAGGAUGCUAAACAAAUGUUUGAAUUACUAGACAAUCUAGUUGAGGAAAUUGGGGAGGAUAAUGUGGUGCAAGUUGUGACAGAUGGUGCGUCAAAUCUCGUGGCAGCAGGGAAGAUGUUAGAAGAGAAGAGAACAAAAUUAUUUUGGUCCCCUUGUGCAGCACACUGUCUUGAUUUAAUCCUUGAAGACAUUGGGCAACUUCCAGUAUUUUAUAAUACCAUCACCAAUGCAAAGAAAAUAACAACCUUCAUUUAUAGGCAUACAUGGGUUCUUAACUUGUAUAGAAAGUAUUCUAAAGGAAAAGAAUUAGCUAGACCAGCAGUGACAAGGUUUGCAACAGCUUAUCUUACACUAAGUUGUAUAUUGCAACAAAAAAAUGCUCUUCGAACCAUGUUUGCUUCAGAUGAUUGGAUUUCUAGUACUUUUGCUAGUAAAAGUGAUGACAAGCAAGUGGUGGACAUGGUUUUUGGGGAUUCUAGAUUUUGGAGUUCCAUCAAAUAUUGCUUAAAGUGUAUGAGUCCACUUGUAAAAGUUUUAAGACUUGUAGAUGGUGACUCUAAACCUGCUAUGCCAUAUAUUUAUGAAGCAAUGGACAAAGCCAAAGAAGAGAUUGCUGACAAUUUUGAAAAGAAGGAAUCAAGGUAUAAAAAAACAUGGAAGACCAUUGAUAUUCGUUGGACUUUGCAAUUACAUAGAUCCCUCCAUGCGGCUGCCUACUUUCUUAAUCCUAAGUAA